AUGCAGCACGUUGACAGCAACCUCAUCGAGACAGACCUCCCCUCGCGGAUGGAGUAUCUACUCGACUUCCUGCUCUGGGACCCUGCCAAAGACGGGCCACUGAUCGAAGCCUGCAAACCCGUUCUCGCACCCAUCGUCAACGACAUCGUCGACGCAGUCUACGACCACCUUCUGAGAUACGACAUCACAGCAGCGGUAUUCGCACCAGCGCAAUCACAGUCUUCUGAGAAGACAGAAUCAACGAAAGUCCAAGACCUCCACCGCGACCACGCCAACAUCAAGUUCCGCAAGGAUUUCUUGAAGGCGUAUCUCGUUAGACUGGUAUCGAACCACGAUUGGACGGCGCAGAGCAAGUUCUGGUCGUAUAUCGACAUGGUGGGAAAGGUGCACACGGGAUCCAUGGACUCCGGACUGAAACAUCGCAAGGACAGGCCGGCGUUGUUCGUUGAAUACCGCGACAUUAAUCUUUUGCUGGGAUGGGUGGAAAAUGCCGUCACUGAUGUGGUCAUGGGCGUGGAAGCACUCGACGUACAGACCAAGCUGGAUAUUCUAAAGGCGCUGAACAAAUACUGGUGGAUCCAGAAUGAUCUAUUCGCGAGACAUUACGUGGUCAAACUGGCGGAUGCUCAAAAGGCAAAGAACUCCAAUACAGGUUUGAAGGGACUAGUUGUGGCUGCCAAUCCGUUCAACCCUGACAAGAUAACAUCGGCAGUCCUCGCUUGUGUGUCAACAGCAGUGAUGUUUGGUGCAUAUUGGGCAAUUUCAGGAUGA